AAGGCGAAUGGCAAAUCCGUAGCGUAAACAAAGGCAAUAUUUGGAGCAAACGCAGUUUAGCAUGACGCUCGCCUAAUCCUAAUCUAGCACAGAGAUAAUGCUGCUGAAGAUUCGCCACGCCCUGCUCGAGGUCACCAGUCCGCCGGCCACGAAGCAGUCUGCGAUCAUAAUCAACAACGAAGUGAUCCUCAGCUCGGGGAGCAUUCUGCAACCCCACUUGGUUUUGGACGGGGACAAUGGAGCGGAGAACAAAGGAAUCAUCGACAGACUGCAGCGGGGUCAACUGCUAAAUGUUCAGGAUGACGAGGAGCUGGGUCAGCGAAUCCGUUCGCUCAACUUCCUGGCCACCUUUGAUCCCCAGCAACGAAGACCAAAGCAGAACGCCGCCUCCGGAUCAAGGCAAGCCCACAUCCUCUCCCGUUUCACGGCCCAUCCUCUGUACGUGUUCUGUGCCGCCGAGGUGUCCCGCAACCUGCAUCACAUUCUGCUCAACGCUGACUCUGGCGGCGAGGUCGAAGUGCUCCGCUCCAGCUUCGUGGUGCUGGGCCUGCGAAAGCCCGACAAGGAGGAGUCAUUCAAGCGCUUUCUGGCGCACAUCGGCAACUACCUGCGACACCUGCAGCCCAUGCAAACGCUGGAUGACGUGCUGGUCAUGUGCUCGCCCUUUGGCCUGGAGAACUUCUACAAGACGAUCAGCAUUGGCAAGGUGUCCAAUGUGAUGGGACGCAGUGGCUGUCUGUUCGCCAUCUCCAACGCCCUGCCACUGGGCUGCGAGGGCUCCGCCGUGUUUAACAACAAACUGCGACUCAUCGGCAUUGUGAUAUGCACCUCGUUCCAAAGGCAGCAGGAGAAUGUCAACCUCACCCUGGCUGCGAACUUUGGCUACCUCCUGCGCAACUUUAUGGAGCAGCUGGGCAUGUCGACCACAACAUUCCAGUUGACUCGAGAGCCCUCAAACUUUGCUUGGGAGCGCACAAUUGUGGUCAUUGAGUCGGCGGGUCAACAAGGCACUGGCACUUUUAUACGAGUUCACAACAAGCGCUUCAUUCUCACCUGUGCGCAUGUGGUGGGGCAGAGCAACGAGAGGGUCAAUUGCCGCGCUGCCGAUCGCGAGUUCCAGUCGGAGGUGAUAUGGUCCAAUCCGGACAGCGAGCGACCCUUCGACUUGGCUCUCCUCACGGCUCCACAAGACGUGCCCGAGCGCUGUGGCGUGCGACUGGCCAGGAGUCCGGCCACUCUUGGCCAGAUGGUGUACAACGCUGGGUUCCCCUACUACGUGAACUUCAGCUUCAAGCACGACUUCAAUCCCUCCAUAUUCCAAGGGAGGAUCAUCAAGUGCGACACUGGGGCCAUCAUGUCCGACGGCAGUGUGCAGGCUGGUCAAAGUGGAGGCCCCAUGUUCGACCAGAGCGGCUGCAUCCUGGGCGUAUGUGUAUCCAAUAUCAAGUUGGACGACAUCGUCUACCCAAAUAUCAACACAGCCAUUCCAAUUUGUGAUAUCCGCAACACCUUGCAGCAGUUUGCACGCACAAACGACGUAAAUGUGCUCAGCAACCUGGUGGCUAGUUCCGAUGUGCACCGCGUCUGGUCGCUGGAAAUGCCGCCCAUUCGAAGCAAACUCUGAGGGGACUUUCCAUUGGUAACGCAACUGUAAUUAGUGUUCUGUUUUUUUAUAU